CGGACAGAGUGUGAAGUCGCAGCAAGAUCAAUUGAUCAAUUUUCUUUUCAGGAGUGUCCUUAACUGUCUGUGCGUCUCCACUGAAAGCUGUCACAGACAGUGAAUUCACGUGCAUGUGUUGCAUUAUACCUUUGACUUUUUCGUGUAGGCCUUUAUAUAUUUAAAGAGCUUGUGCUUUGCUUGCUAAGUGCAUUUGGGGCACCUAGUAAGGAAGUUGCUUCUUCAUGGUGGUUGUGUAGCUAAAUAUGGGUGAUUCUCUCGGUCUGAUCGGGAAACGAUUGCUAUUUCUCCUCAAUGACGGGGGACCAAGCGUCGGCAAAGAGACGGACCAGGCCGCCUGGCUUCGUGGAACUGUCCGAGCAGUUAGCGUGAUUGGUUUGGCAAGCCCUGGAGUAGAGGUAUUCCUAGAGUUUGAGGAGUGCCCCUGGCGGCCGCGCUCCUGGGUACAGGUAUAUGGGGAUGAAGUGAGAGCCGUUCUAAUGGAGAGCACCAUUGUGUGGGCCCCCUGCAGAGACCCACCCAUUCCUGCCCCUGGAGGAGUGCCCACAGCACUCUGGCCUGCGUUGGUGUUCCAACCAAUUGUUGAUCGUGUAGGUUUGGGAUCCUUGGUUCCUGUGGAGUUCUUUGGAACCAGGACUUUGGAGUUUCUCCCAAAUGGAAAUUCACUGCAGCGAUUUGAGACUGAAAAAGAUGUAAGACACUCUCUUCUACUGGAGCACCCAUCUCUACAAGCUGCUGUCAGCAGCUGGCAAAGUGACUCUGAACUACAGGAGAUUCUGAGGAAAGGAUCGUACACCAUUCAAGGACGGAGGGUACAGGUAUACCAGCCAGAGUUCGAGGAGCCUUGGGCAUUUGGUCUUGUUUCUCAGCAUGAUCCUGUGUCUCACAUCAUGGAGAUUACACUGGACCAGAAUGAGGAGACACAAGAAGUAGAUCCAAGAGUGAUCCAUGUAAUGCUUGCUGAGGAUGACAUAGAUGAGGGACAGGGUGGAAAACUAAGUCGAUGUAGGAAGGAGAGUGAUGCGGAGAAAGGUGAAAGUGGACGCCGACGCCGAACCAGCUCUGAGGGAGAGCAUGAUGUGACUCUGAAGCGCUUCAAAGGAGACAGAGAUAGCACUUGCGAUGGACAGAACAGGAAUGGUUCCAAUAAGAGCUCUGAUGAAGGGUUGGGAACAUGGACUGGGGAAGUCACAGUGGUGGGGAGAAUGGAGGUAGAGGAGGAAGCGGAUAGGGGAGGGAGGGUGAGCAGCGCUAGUAUUCCGGAGGUGGCUUCACACACCAACCAUGUCUCUCCGAACAAUACUCGCUCCCAGCAUGACCAGUCUAACAUACGAUUUGCCAAUUAUGUGAAAGAGAAUGGUGCCACUAUAAUCCAAGGCAAGACAGGUUCUGCAGAAUCAACAGCUCCCUCUACACCCACCCCAACUCCACCACCUCUGAAACCUGCACCUUCACUGUUUUCAUCCAGUUUCCCCUCCCUAGGGCAAAUGCCCAGUCUAGUCCAAGGAGUUGCCGCUCCCAAACCCAACCUUACCGCUCCAGUGCCUGAGAAAGAAGAAGUGGUUCUCUCCACAUACUCAAAAACUGCUGCCUUGGUGUCUCCAGGUCCUGUCACCAUCUCCUCCUCCCAGGGCAGUGCUCCUAGCGUGGUCCUAUCAACACCCCUUGGCUUAGUUCAGAAGCCUCCUGGCUGGAGAUCUGCUCUGGGAGCGGGCCAAACAGAGGUUAAUCACCAAAAGAAGGAGCUUGCAAACACGAAGGUGCCCGUCCAUGCAAGUGCAGGCCUCUGCCCUCCUCAGCCUAAGCAGUCCUGCGGGUCAGUUUUUGGAGACGUAUCUGCACAGACAAACGGAUCUUCCCAGGAGAGCCGACCCUUUGGCUUUUCCUUUGCAGCCUCAAAAGAUCCACAGCAGCAAGAUGUUGAGCCCUCACCGAAUAUCUUCUUCCAAUGCAUGGCUCAGAAACAGACUCAAAGCUCAAACAUCACACAAGGCCAGGUAAAGGACAGAAAUUAUUUCACUUCCCUGUCUGAGAACCUGGGCAAGGAGCAGCCCACUCUGUUUAAAUCUGGUGCUCCAUCUGAAGCCCUCAAAAAGGGAACAGUGUCCCCUGCAUCUGCAGGGCUUUUCGGCUCAACCUCUGUUGGUGGAAUUGCGCCUUUGAAAGAUCAUUCCAAAGUGCCUGAUACUCAAUUUGCAGGCAGUGGGGUAAUGCUGAACAAACCCUUUGGAGCAGUAGGAGAUGGGCUUGCCAAGCUCUCAAAUGUCUUCCCUGCAGGUGUGAGUGGCAGUCCUGUCAAAGUGUCUGGGGAAAAUUCAAUCUCUACUUCAGGACUGGUGGGUCUUGACACACCACUUGCUCAAGGAUCCAGUGCACUGAGUUGUGGAAGCAGUGGAAUUCGACAGUCUAAUAGUGCUAAUGUAGUUGGUGGGCUGACUGGUGUUCUGUCUGGAAACAAAGCUGCAGAAACCCAUGAGAACCUUUUCUUACUGGCUUCAAAAGAAACUGGGAAUCCUUUCCUUGCUUGUGGAGGAGCGGUUUCACAUAGCCCAUUUAGUGUAUUGUCCAAUCAGCAGCCUCGCUCCUCCGCUCCCUGUGUUGAUUCCUCAGCAUCUGUUCCUCAUUCCUUGGGCAGCGUAGGCCUGCUUAACCCAGACACCUGUAGAUCUGAGAGUGAACCUAACCUGUUUACCAUGACAGAGCCACCCAAGGGAAUCUUAUCCUCCCAGUUUAGUGCUGCUUCUACUUCCUCUGUCCAGUCUACCACCACUGCCUUCAGCUCACUGCCACAAAAGGUGCAGCAGGCACCCACACCCACCAAUGAGGGCUCAGAGUCAGAUGGAGGUGUAGCCCUGGGGGAAAUUGCAGAGGGCAAGGGUCAUCAGUUGACUUUUGAUCAGACAUCGCAGAAAUUUGCCCUGGAGGACCGGAGUCUGCCAUCCAAGAGAGAUUCAGACUCUAGCACAAACAGUGACCUGUCUGAUCUGAGUGAGGUGGAGGAGACUCCAGAGCAGAGCCAAAAGCCGGGGAUCCAGAAUUCUGUUGAGAAAGGGGUUUUAUUACAGAAAGGCAAGAACCAGGCAGCUUCCAAGAGCCGUCCUCGCAACAAACCCUUCAAAGUGGGUCAGUCGGUGCUGAAGGAUGUGACGAAGGUGCGGCGUUUGAAACAGUCUGGGGAGCCGUUUCUGCAGGACGGCUCGUGCAUUAACGUGGCUCCUCAUCUGCACAAGUGCCGAGAGUGCCGCCUGGAGCGCUACAGGAAGUCCCGUGAGCAAGAUCCUGAUGAAGAUGACCCCAAUGUAGCUUGCCGAUUUUUCCACUUUCGGAGACUAGCAUUCACAAGGAAAGGCGUGUUGCGUGUGGAGGGCUUUCUGAGUCCUCAGCACAGUGAUAACAUGGCCAUGGGUCUGUGGUUGCCCUCUCCUGCUGUGCAGGAGGGCCUUGACCUGGACACCUCCAAGUACAUCCUGGCCAAUGUGGGAGACCAGUUCUGCCAGCUGGUAAUGUCUGAGAAAGAGGCAAUGAUGAUGGUGGAGCCUCACCAGAAAGUGGCGUGGAAGCGAGCAGUCAGGGGAGUGAGAGAAAUGUGCGACGUGUGUGAGACGACACUCUUCAACAUCCACUGGGUGUGUCGUAAGUGUGGCUUCGGUGUCUGCCUGGACUGUUACAGGCUGCGGAGGACUAGACCACCUGAAGAAGCAGAUGAAGGGCCUGAGGAUGAAGUCUUCUCAUGGCUGAAGUGUGCAAAGGGACAACCCCAUGAACCCCAGAACCUCAUGCCAACACAGAUUAUUCCAGGCACAGCACUGUACAAUAUUGGAGACAUGGUACACGCAGCGCGAGGCAAAUGGGGAAUCAAGGCUAACUGUCCCUGUGCUAGUCGGCACAACAAACCUGUGGUACGAACCACUGCUGCGAACGGCCUGUCACAGACAGGUGCAGCCUCAGGCACAGGGAGCACUGCGGGUUCAGCCACACCUCGUCCUGAUGGAGAUACCACAACGAUGACGUCAAUCAAAAUGGAGCAAGGGACAGAGGCAGGCAACACUGACUCAGCUGUGAUGAGUACUGCCAAUGUCAGUGCUCCUACAACAAGCUCCCACACAUGUGGAAACAAAGACCCACGCCGCAUUAGUGCAGAGGGUAGCCUCUCCUCUGCCUUACACUGGCUGGCUGACCUGGCCACACAGAAGGCUAAAGAGGAGACAAGAGACUCCAGCUCGCUGCGCUCCAUGAUUGGCCGAGACCCUCGCAACCCGUUUGGUGUGGACUCUCUCAGUUCCCUGUCCAAGCCCGCCAGCACCAGCCCCAAACUUUUCAAUAGCCUCUUGCUGGGCUCUGGCCCUGCCCAGCCAAAGUCAGAAGGCACAAGCCUUAGGGACCUGCUAAACUCUGGCCCUGGCAAACUGCCCCAGGGCCCCACAGAAGGUGGAGUCCCCUUCCCUUCUGUUUUCUCCUCUUCAGCUGGGGCUGAGAAGAUGAAAGGAAGUCUUCCUAACUUCCUGGAUCAUAUCAUUGCCUCUGUGGUGGAGAAUAAGAAGGCAGAGGGUCGUCGUGGGGUGUCCACAGCAGUGGAAGGUGGAGAGUCAGGGAGUUUGGCGCGUCGAGAGGGAGUAAUGGGUCUAAGUGUUUUGGAUCCCCACACCUCCCACUCCUGGCUGUGUGACGGACGGCUCCUGUGCCUACAGGAUCCCAGCAACAGCAACAACUGGAAGAUCUUCCGUGAGUGCUGGAAGCAAGGCCAGCCUGUGUUGGUCUCAGGCAUCCAUAAAAAGCUUAAUGGCUCUUUGUGGCGGCCGGAGGCCUUUAGUGAAGAGUUUGGUGACCAGGAUGUGGACCUGGUCAACUGUAGGAACUGCGCCAUCAUCUCAGACGUCAAGGUCCGGGAUUUCUGGGAUGGCUUCCAGGUCAUCUCCAAGCGAUUACAGGGUGGAGAUGGCCAACCGAUGGUACUGAAGCUUAAAGACUGGCCUCCAGGGGAAGACUUCAGAGAUAUGAUGCCCACACGGUUUGAUGACCUCAUGGAGAAUCUGCCCCUGCCAGAGUACACAAAGAGGGACGGUCGUCUGAAUCUUGCCUCUCGUUUACCCAAUUUCUUUGUACGGCCAGACUUAGGCCCUAAGAUGUACAAUGCCUAUGGUCUGAUAUCCACAGAGGACAGGAAGGUUGGCACCACUAACCUGCAUCUAGAUGUGUCUGAUGCUGUCAAUGUGAUGGUAUAUGUGGGUAUCCCAGAGGGACAAGCCAACCACGAGCAGGAAGCAGCCUUGCCUGGAUUUAAAGAGGUGAUGAUCACAAUAGAGGAAGGAGAUGUGGAUGAGAUGACGAAGAGGAGGGUGUAUGAAGGGAAGGAGAAGCCUGGUGCUCUGUGGCACAUUUAUGCUGCCAAGGAUGCCGAGAAGAUCCGAGAAUUGCUCCGUAAGGUUGGAGAGGAGCAGGGCCAGGAGAACCCUCCUGAUCAUGAUCCUAUCCAUGAUCAGAGCUGGUACCUGGACCAGGUGCUGCGUCGCAGGCUGUUUGAGGAGUAUGGUGUCCAGGGCUGGGCCAUCGUACAGUUCCUGGGUGACGCUGUUUUUAUUCCAGCUGGUGCACCACACCAGGUGCACAACCUGUACAGCUGUAUUAAAGUAGCGGAGGACUUUGUGUCUCCAGAACACGUAAAGCACUGCUUCAGACUGACACAGGAGUUCAGACAUCUAUCCACGACACACACCAACCACGAGGACAAGCUGCAGGUCAAGAACAUCAUAUACCAUGCCGUGAAGGAUGCCGUGGGAACGCUAAAAGCCCAUGAAUCCAAGCUAGUUCGCUCUUAGUUCCCUUUAUUCGUGGCUAAUGCUAACCCAGUCUGCUGCUGAUCAGUGUUUAUCAGUAACAUGAGAGAGGGUGAGCGAGAGUGCUGGGAUCACAGAAGUUUGAGGGGUCUAGGAUGCUCACAGAACUCCCAGAACUGCUGUUUGUUUUGGCUCCUCUCUCUGUGCUUGGAUGGAUGGAUGGAUGUAUGGACAGGAUUCAUCAGUGUUACAAAAUUAAGUUUCUCAGCUGACUUUUUUAAAUGUGUUUGAAGAUAGUGUGUUUUAGUUAUGUUCAUGUGGAAAUUUGUUGGCUUUAGGACACCACCCAUGCUGGCAAGCUGAUUUGCCUCACUGAAGAGAAACCAGCUUUUGUUCAGCCUCAAAUGUUGCACACACUGGGUUUUUAGCAAACUCAAUAUUUACAUUUUCUUCAGUAGAAGAGAGGCCCACAGUUUUGUUUAUUUGUUUGCUUUAGUUGAAAUGGUGACAAGAUUUCCUUUACUCUCAAAGCAGACAUGAAUAUGGAAAAGACAUAGACCAAAGUUUUGUAUCUGUAGUUAUUUGAAUUGAGGUGAGACUGUCAUUUUCUUUCUAUUAAUACACCAAAAGGCAGUUUGACUUUGUGCGCUUGUCGUUCUGGGUUUGAAAAACAUGUCUAUUGGUUUGAUUUCCUCAGUUUGUCCAUGAAAGGGAUGGAUGAAAAAUGAAAUUACUAUUGAGAGAUCUACUGGUAAUUAACAUGUACGUAUGUGUAUAUGUAUGUAUGGUCUGUGUGUGUGUGUGUGUGUGUGU